AUGCAGGUGCAAGGGCUCGGCGCGGUUCGUUCACAGGCAAUGCCUGGACCAAUGGCGGGCCACCAAGGAGGGGUUCGCCUUCUGCCACUGCUCCACGUGCAAGGCCCGCUUUCAACUGCGCGUGUGCCUGCCGCCCGACCUCAGAUGCCGCCAUCUCAAGUUCAGAUUCUUUGUCGCGAGGGAUAUUGUGCUCGUAACGCUGCUGGUGCAGAUGGCGUGCUGCUCUUCCUCGUGUCCCAACCAGGCGUGCUGCUCUUCCUCGUGUCCCAACCAGGCGUGCUGCUCUUCCUCGUGUCCCAACCAGGCGUGCUGCUCUUCCUCGUGUCCCAACCAGGCGUGCUGCUCUUCCUCGUGUCCCAACCAGGCGUGCUGCUCUUCCUCGUGUCCCAACCAGGCGUGCUGCUCUUCCUCGUGUCCCAACCAGGCGUGCUGCUCUUCCUCGUGUCCCAACCAGGCGUGCUGCUCUUCCUCGUGUCCCAACCAGGCGUGCUGCUCUUCCUCGUGUCCCAACCAGGCGUGCUGCUCUUCCUCGUGUCCCAACCAGGCGUGCUGCUCUUCCUCGUGUCCCAACCAGGCGUGCUGCUCUUCCUCGUGUCCCAACCAGGCGUGCUGCUCUUCCUCGUGUCCCAACCAGGCGUGCUGCUCUUCCUCGUGUCCCAACCAGGCGUGCUGCUCUUCCUCGUGUCCCAACCAGGCGUGCUGCUCUUCCUCGUGUCCCAACCAGGCGUGCUGCUCUUCCUCGUGUCCCAACCAGGCGUGCUGCUCUUCCUCGUGUCCCAACCAGGCGUGCUGCUCUUCCUCGUAUCUGCUGGUCUGCUCGGUGCCGUCAUGACGUGUGUUGAUCGCCGCUUUCGCAGCGACCUUGCAGCUCCCUGCAGGGACCUGGGCGCCUGCUGCUGCGACCCCCUACUCAUUGUGGUGGGCCUUGCUCCCUCACACGCAGCACUGGCAGCAGAUCGAGCGAUCUCAGCCGUUGAUUUCCACGUGGGCAAGAGGAGCCGCCUGGAGAUGGAGGCCACUGGCAAGAACAAACAGAGGGCAACACCUUUGGAUGCCAACUCAGCUCUCUGCAAGAUCGUAAUGGUGUUGCGUCAAGGGUCGGCUGAUUGA